CGGCCAUAUUUAUUGAACAUUUCUCUUUGAAGGUCUGCCACAUUUUGCCGAGGAUAGCACUUCGUUGAAGAGUAAAUAGUCAUCAUAUUCACUGCAUUGGUGGGAAUAGUGCCUUUUACUGGAAAUAAAAAGGCCGGAAAAUUGUAGGACGCAUGCGUAAUCGGCACCUGGGAAAUCGCGUUGCCGCAUUAUGCCACUUCCAGAAUGAGCAAGUUGUUCAGUGGGUUUAACACGAAUCUGUUUGGACCUCCUCCUGAGGACGAGGAAGAUGAUGAAUCGAAGAAAGGUGACCACAAGAGUGGAUCGAGUAGUUCAGACUCUGCCUCGGAUUCGGAUGGCUCUGAAUCAAGCAACUCGAGCUCUGGGUCCGGCUCUGGGUCAGGAUCGAGUUCAGACAGCAAUAGUAACAGCGGCUCAGGCAGUGGGUCCAACUCAGACAAGAAAUCCGACAGUGACGAUGGAGGUGGCGACGACCAGUCAGAUAAAUCAGACAAUGACGACCAAAAUUCAGAUUCGAUGCAAGUCGAUGAAAGGGAUUCCAGUGGAACAGACGAUGAUCACAAUAGGGGGUCGAAAAAUGGGGCGCCGAGAGUUGGCAGGAGUCGCAAAGAAAGCACAACAGAGGAUAUCAAAAAGGCAAUGGAAGAAUGCCCCGACCUUUACGGCCUUCGUCGAUCGGGGAGGGCCAGAAAAGAACCCGAGCGACUCACAGUAAAAAAAACAAAAGGGGAUGAUGAUGAUUCAGAUGAGGGUGGAAGAGGGAAAAAGCGGAAAGGGCCCGGACGAAGGUCGUGUAAAACAAAGUCCCUUGAUAGUGACCAAUCAAGUAGUGAUAGUAGUGAUGACAGCAGCAGCAGCAGUAGUAAUGAUUAUCAGCCAACAAGAGGCAGGAGUGGGGGUGGAAGAAAUCAGAGACCAAGACGAACAGCCACAAAACCCCGGGGUCGGACGUCGCGAAACAGUAACAGCAAUCAACGCAAGAGGUCCUCGGCUGCAAGUGAAGAUGAAUAUUCUGAUAGUGAUAUAGAUGUGCCAGGGAGAUCUACAUCUCGGAGAACAACAACAAAGUCUGUCAGGGGCAAGAAGAGUAACCCAAGGACGUCAAGGGCGUCACGCGUAAGAAGGAAACAAGCUGCAAAAGUUAGUUACAAGGAGCAGUCAGAUGCUGCUACAGAUUCGGAUGAAAUCAUGGAGGCUGCCCCUUCAAAAAUAACUGAAAAUGAGGGAUCAGAAACAAUUGAAAGGGUACUUGAUUUUAGAAUCGGACGAAAGGGGGCAACAGGUAGCAGAACUACUUUCUAUAACUGUGAGGACAAUGGUGAUCCGAACAUUGGUGUGGACCCUGAGACUGAGGAGACGGAACCUCAGUAUCUUAUCAAGUGGAAGAAGUGGGCUCAUAUACAUAACACUUGGGAGUCCGAGACCAGUUUAAUGGAGCAGAAAGCCAAUGGCAUGAAGAGACUGGAAGCUGCCAAGAAAAAACAUCAGGAGAUUUUGGAUUGGAAGGCGUCUGCAAUCCCUGAAGAUCUUGAAUACUACGAGUGCCAACAGGAGAUGUCAGAAGAUCUCUACAAACAGUAUAGAGUUGUUGAAAGAAUCAUAGCCUGUCAGCCGGGUACAGUGAGUGAAAAUGACUACCUGUGUAAAUGGCAAGGUUUACCCUACUCGGAGUGUGAUUUGGAAGAUGGAGAUCUUGUCAUGAGGAAGUUCAAAGACGAGGUGGAUGAAUUCCACCUGAGGAACAAGUCUCAGAAAAUACCGUCAAAAGUUUGCAGGGCCCUGAAAGUCCGUCCAAAGUUCCAGCGCCUAAAUGAUCAACCUGAAUAUGUUGGCAGUGAAACUUUGAUCCUUCGAGAUUAUCAGUUGAAUGGUUUGAAUUGGUUAGCUCAUGCUUGGUGCAAGUCAAACAGUGUAAUCCUUGCCGAUGAGAUGGGUUUGGGCAAGACCAUCCAGACAAUCGCCUUCUUGUCAUAUCUCUUCCAUCAACAUCAGGUCUAUGGACCGAGUCUACUUGUAGUCCCUCUCUCGACUGUGGUUGCCUGGCAGAGGGAGUUUGCACAGUGGGCACCGAUGUUGAAUGUUGUGGUGUAUUUAGGAGAUAUUAACAGUAGGAAUAUAAUUCGGGAAAAGGAGUGGUGUCAUCCUGGGAACAAGCGGUUAAAAUUCAAUGUGCUCAUUACAACAUAUGAAAUCCUACUCAAGGAUAAGUCUUUCUUAGGAAAUGUGUCUUGGGCUUUCCUUGGUGUGGAUGAGGCUCAUCGGUUAAAAAAUGACGACUCGUUGCUGUACAAAUCACUGAUAGACUUUGACACGAAUCAUAGAUUACUUAUAACUGGUACUCCGCUGCAGAACUCACUCAAAGAACUCUGGUCAUUGCUGCAUUUUAUAAUGCCCGAUAGGUUUCCAGAGUGGGAAGAGUUCGAGGAGAAACAUUCCUCGUCAGACAAAACUGGUUUUGCUAGUCUCCACAAAGAACUUGAACCAUUCCUUAUACGAAGAGUGAAGAAAGAUGUCGAAAAGUCACUGCCAGCAAAGGUUGAACAGAUCCUGCGGGUAGAGAUGUCCUCCAUUCAGAAGACAUACUACAAAUGGAUCUUGACGAAGAACUACCGAGCGCUGACCAAGGGUGUCAAGGGCAGCAUGACAUCGUUUGUGAAUAUUGUGAUGGAGUUGAAGAAAUGUUGUAAUCAUGCAUAUCUAGUGCGGCCGCCAACGGACGAUUCAGAGCAAGUUGAUAACUUCCAGAAUCUAAUCAAGAGCAGUGGAAAACUGAUCUUAUUGGACAAGUUACUGCUACGACUGAGAGAUACUGGUCAUCGGGUGCUCAUCUUCUCACAGAUGGUCCGAAUGUUGGAUAUCCUAGCAGAGUAUUUACAGUUCAGGCAUUUCCCUUUCCAGCGACUCGAUGGCUCUAUACGAAGUGAACAAAGAAAGCAAGCACUUGACCAUUUUAACGCAGAAGACUCGGCUGAUUUCGUUUUCCUGUUAUCAACACGAGCUGGUGGUCUCGGGAUCAACCUGGCUACAGCAGAUACAGUCAUCAUCUUCGACAGUGACUGGAACCCUCAAAAUGACCUGCAGGCUCAGGCCAGGGCCCAUAGAAUUGGCCAGAAAAAUCAAGUGAGUGUGUAUCGUCUGGUUCACAAGUCGACUGUGGAGGAAGAUAUCAUAGAACGUGCCAAAAAGAAGAUGGUCCUGGACCAUCUGGUUAUACAAAGGAUGGAUACCACCGGGAGAACAGUGCUCAAUCGAGGAGCAGUGCCAUCAAGCAAUAGUACAAAUCCAUUUAACAAAGCUGAACUGUCUUCAAUCUUAAAAUUUGGUGCUGAAGAUCUGUUCAAGGAGUCAGAAGAUGAUGACAAUGAGCCGCAGGUGGAUAUCGAUGAAAUCCUAAAGCGAGCAGAAACAAGGGAUGUCGAGGAACCUACGGGGCCUGCGAAUGACUUGCUGUCUCAGUUCAAGGUUGUAAGCUUGGACAACAUGGAAGAUGAGGAGAUUGAAGAUAUUGCGUCUGUCCACGGGCGUGAUUGGGAUGAUAUCAUCCCCGAGAAGGAUCGUAAGAAAGUAGAGGAUGAUGAGCGACAGAAGGAGCUCCUACAGUUACAUUUACCACCACGGCAAAGGAAGAAGAUUCAACCACAAUUGACGUUUGACUCAGACCAGGAGACGAAAUCAAGGGGUCGGAAGAAACAGGAUGAUUUGAGUUCAGAUUCGGAUUCGGAUUCAUCUAUGGACGGAAAACCUCGGAAACGUGGUCGGCCGCGGACAGUCACAAAAGAUAUGAUCAAGGGAUUCAGUGACCAAGAAGUGCGGCGGUUCAUAAAAAGUUUUAAGAAAUUUGGUGCUCCACUUGAGAGGCUUGAUGCAAUAGCAUGUGAUGCAGAGCUACAAGAGAAGUCUCAAGUUGAUUUGAAGAGGUUGGGUGAGAAAAUCUGGCAGGAUUGUGAGACGGCCAUGCAGGAGUAUAACGCAAAGUUAGAAGAAGAUCCCACAUUUGACUCUCAAAAGAAGUCUCACCGAGGUCCCACUGUCACAUUGAGUAAAGUGAAAAUCAAUGCUAAGUCUGUGAUACAAGCAGUUCAUGAUUUGGAGACGCUACAGAAAGUUAUUCCGGGGAAAAGGGACGAGAGAAAAGAGUGGAAAAUGACUGCCAGAACGAAAGCUGUGCAUUGGGACUGUAAUUGGGAGGUGGAGGAUGAUAGCCAUCUUCUCAAAGGCAUUUAUGAAUAUGGAAUGGGAAGCUGGGAAUCCAUCAAAAUGGACCCCAAUUCAGAUCUUCAUGACAAAAUUUUACCGGAUGGCGAUUUGAAACCACAGGCCAAGCAUUUGCAAUCACGGGCCGAUUACUUGCUCAAGGUGCUAAAAAAGCAAGUUGAUCAGCAAAAUAGUGGCGAGGUCCCUAAGCCAAGAAAGCAGCGAAAACCAAAAAUGAAGAAGGAAAUCGAUGAAAAGAAAGAAAACAUCCAUGUGGCGAUGGGAUCAGACACGUCAGAUGAGGGAGUGAUCGAUAAAACGCCAGCUGUCUCCAAAAAAAAGAAAAAGAGAUUAAAGAAAGAGAAUUCCAGUGAAUCAAAGAAUAAUAAGGUGAAGUCCGAAGUUAAUGAUAAGGAGGACAAACCUGACAAGACCAAUAGUGAAAAGAAGAAAAAGAAGGAGAAGAAAGUUGAUACAUCUGGACCAAUGCAUUUCACUGCCAAUGCUGAACCCGUUGCCAUUUCCCUCGAAUCCUCCAAUUUCGAUGCUGAGCUGGAGCCUGGGAUAUUUGAAGAGUGUAAAGAAAAGAUGCGGCCGGUGAAAAAGGCCCUGAAACAGCUCGAUAAUCCCGAAGAAGGUUUGAAUGAUAAGGAACAACUGGAUCACACGAGGAGGUGCCUACUCAAGAUUGGUGACAGAAUCUCAGAAUGCCUUGCCGAGUUCACAGAUCUAGAGAAGAUUAAGGAGUGGAGAAGUUUUCUAUGGGUAUUUGUAUCCAAGUUUACCGAAUUUGAUGCCAAGAAGUUAUUCAAGUUAUACAAACAUGCGGUGAAGAAACGAGAUGACCAAAAGCAGGAGGAGACCCGGAAAUCUUACAUCAAGGCAAAUGCUCACAAAAAGCAUGAUUCGCAUAGCGGCUCGUAUGGUGAACACAAAUCAAAAGACAAAGCCCUACAACAGAGAUCUCACACCAACCCUGAUCGCAAUGACAGAAAUCGUGAAGGGCAGCCAAACGGUCCAAACAAAUAUGGGAGUCAGUCGUCCAGAAAUGGGCUGGGAGGUCCAAGGGAGGCUAACCGUGAUGGUUCUACUGGCCCCACGCCAGCAGACAGGUGGUACCAAGCUAGUCCCUUAACAAAGGCUGAAGACAUACGCCGCAACCGGUAUGGUGAGAGUAGCUCUAGUCUGUACAGUCGGCCUCCCAACCACGAACCCCAUCGUGCUUCAGGUUAUCAGUACCACAGCAACGAUUCUUAUUCAAGGUACAAUGACCAGAAUCAGAAGCGGGAAUCUGGCCACCACUUUCAUCGUGAUCGUGAACACCGUGAUGGUGCUGGUCGCGGUGAACACCGCGAUGGUACUGGUCGCGGUGAACACCGUGAUGGUACUGGUCGCGGUGAACACCGUGACAGUGCGGUACGUAGUGAACACCGCGAUAGUACUGGUCGCAGUGAACACCGCGACAGCGCUGGUCCAACAACUGCUGGUACUGGGUAUGGCUUCCAUCGCCAUGAUCGACAAGACCCACGGCAAGAUCGUAGAGAAGAUAGAGAUCACCGGCCAGAACAUCAUCGAGAACGUGGUGACUACCAUAGGGAGACACGAGAAUUUAGGCCGGAACAUAAUAUGCACAACAGACCAUCAGGAGAUGAUAGGUUUCCCCAAUCACAUUUGGAUAGAAAACGUAAACCAGAGGACUUCCAAGACCGAGCUGAGCGACAACGACUGCCAAAAGAAGCCAAAGUUGGCACAGACUAUAAUAAUAGCCGUGAUGUUGAUAUGCGCUCAAAACACUGACACCAGUUGUCCUGUCGACUGUGAAGUAUUCAUAAUUAGGUCAGCAGUGGUGCUGAUUUGACCAUACAUCUUGGAAUGUCCUCCGGCUUGAAUGUCAGGCCUGUUCUGGCCGUGGUUCAGUGCUGUUGGGCUCGUGGAAUAUGGCUGCCUGCGUCCUGCUUUAGCCUGGAGUUUCGCAGGAAUGUCCAGAUUUAGAGUUGCAGCGGGCAGUAACCGUCAGUCAUAGGAGUUUCCUGGAGAUGAUCAAUUUACAAGGGCUUGGAAUUGGUUGGUGAUUGGUUCUCAAGUUGAGGAUUCUGCCUGUGUGAAAUGUUAAAGUUCAGAGUUCCGAGUCAGUUUGAUAUUAACAUGUGAACAUCACUAAGACAUGUUCUAUCUGAUGAUGUGAAGAGUUGUGGAUGAAUAGUGCUAAGAGUUAUGAUUCAUUCCAUACUCUGCAGUUGUUGGUAUCCAGAGAUGGCCAGUAUUGAGGGCUGAAUAUGAAAGAGAAAUUGUGGAGCCUGAGAUUAGUGACAGCAGAAGAUCAUUAACUUAAAGACUCGGUGAAACUAUGUUGACUGGAAGUCUAAAGCUAUCAAAUGUUGUGUGAUCGGUGUACCAUGCUGCCAAGGUACCAUGAGUGUUCGUAACUUGGAUCACAAAGUCAGAAGUUUGGAUGAGAACUUGCUUGUAUGUUAGAGUGUGUCUCGUAAUAAACAUCGAAACAUUAUGAGAGUGUGCUAUGAUUAUCAUAGCAGAAUGUGAAAUACUUCAUUAUGAAGAGAACUAAGGGAUUAAACUGCUGAAGAUGAUCUAGAGAAACGAAAUUCUGGACACCGAGUUGAAUAUAUUACAUUGAUUGACUUGUCGAUUCCGCUUCAUAGGUUAAGGCAAUUUGCAAUCAUAUAGGGUGUGUACUGUUGGAGACUAAAGGUGCCAACCUUGUGGUACUGAGCAGUAUUUAGGAGGUGUGUGUGAUGGUGGCGAGUUCCAUCAUGUUCUUGAGACAAGAUGUAAAUAUUCACACUCGAGUAUGUAUAUUUUGUAAUAGAGCCAAGCUUUGCUUUCAGGUUUAACUUUGACUCCCACAUCGGAGAAGAUGCUCUUUGAAGGCAUCUUUGAUGUUUCAUCCUUGGUCUGUGAGGUGAAUCAGUGUGUCAAAGGAACUUCUUGCCUCUGAACUACAUGUACAUGUACCUCUGAUGUCUCGCUGGUGUUAAGGCUUUCUCAAACUUGUGCUGUUUCUGCUGACAUUUCCAUUCAGUCCAGAGGUAAAAUUGUAUUAGCACAAUACCAAAAAUGUCACAGUUACACUAUAGUUUGACGUUGUGUACCUAUGAAUUGUGCUACUCUGGUAAACAGCUCGAGUAGUUCAAAGACUAAAUACAUGUUCUAGUGUGCGAUGACUUGCUUUUUGAUUGCUCAUGAAAUUGAGUAUGGUGUCCUGAUAUUUUUCUAAAUCCAUCUAUCAUUCCCAAAUGUGCAAUUUUUGAAUGAAUGCAUUUUCACAUGUAAAAGUCGUUGAAUAUCCUUUUACCAUGCAAAUCAUUUGACCUUCUAGACGAGGCUUGAACUGAUAUUGAAAACAUGUAUUUGGUUUCUUGCAUAGUCAUUCAUGGUGUGAAAAUGAUGAAUUCUUAAGUCGCCCUUGUUUCAAUUUGAGUACAUAUCAGAAUUUUCAUGCAUAAACCAUGCACAGGUUUAGUCGUAACUGUUGUAGAACAACAUUCAUUGUUUUAUCAGUUCAUUUUCUGUGUCCACAGAAUUAUUUUUGUAACUUAAACUUCAGACUGGCUGGUUCAAUUCCGUUGACCCGGUAAAAAGCGACUUGGCCACAAUUGAAUUUAACUUCUUUCACUUGAGAGCUGUAACAUUGAGUAAUUAUUUAGAAAAGUUGUGCUAGUGAUUUAUGGACGUUUCAAGAGAUAAUAUUACAGUAUUUACAAUCUAGUUACGUGCUACUGAAUUAUUAUUUACAACCCAAAAAUAGUUGCCGAUUAAGUCGUAUUUGUGUCGUAAUUCUGUGAUUCGGAAGUAAAAUCUUUUUUAUGAACCUGCUCUGGUCUUUGUUAUGCUGCACAGAAAUGGAAUAUUCAGAAGGUUCAUUUUUUUAUGAAAAGGGUAUUUUGUCUCAUUAAUUUGUCAUAUUUCUUGCAUGAAAUUCAAAUGUCAUUGUCCUCACCUUACAUUCUUCAUCUCUUCCCAUUUGUGCCGCAUUUAUACAGGCUAAGCUUUAAACCGUCUCACUUGGUGUCCGUCUCAUUUCCCUAAGAAGAACAUCUAUGAAAUCAAUUCUAAUAUGUGACUCGCUCUACCAAAACUAGGCGCUUGUCGCAUCUGAACUCGACAGGUUGAUACAGACUUGUUGUUCAUUUCCCUAUUGUAGACCUUUUGUGAAAUCUAUUACAAACUGAUUUGGUCAGAUUUCACAAAAGGUCUACAAUAGGGAAAUGAACAACAAGUCCGUAUCAACCUGUCAAGUUCAGAUGCGACAAGCGCCUAGUUUUGGUAGAGCGGGUCACAUAUUUUCAAAGAGCUUUACCGAUAUUCUACAAUCUAAGCUUAGAGGCAGUACCAGUAAGCUUGAUCUAAAUUAAUGUGUGAUCGCUGAGAGAAUUAGAUUAUCACAAAAAAGGCGUGUCAGGCAGUUUAUGUUUUAAGACAUUUCUCUGUAUGUGAUGAUGUGUACAUAUUCUACAUUGUAGCUGGUUCAGUUGCUUCCAAUGUAUUUCAUUUUUAUAUCGGUUGUAAAGCCCCAGCGACAUGGGGAGUUUUGUAAGGAAUCCUGCUUUUGAAAUGGGUUAACAUUUCAGGCAAGAAAUGGUUGUAAUUCAAUUCAAUUUUUACGAUAAUCAUAAAUGAGGCUCUUUAAAAAAGGUAUCUAAAUCAUGUUGUGUAAUUGGAUGUACAGAACCAUAUUGAUCUCUCUGUUCUCUUGCUGUCCACCUGGGACGGUUAUCGCGGGUGCUGUAGUGUGUCAUCUCAAUAGAACUCAUCAUGGGUUGUUGUGUAUGAGAGUUUGAUAGCUAUGUGUUGGUGCAUUGAGGUAUCAGAUGAUGUGGAUCCAAGAGGCAGCUCCCCCAGCCCAGCCCCCCCCCCCUUUUCCACGAUAUCUUAACAUUUUAAAAAGAAUUUGACCAUGAAAUUUCAUUAAGGGCCAGGUGCUCUCCCUCAGUCAAAUGCGUUCUGACUUGUGACUAAUCAAGGCAGUGAUAAACUGGAGUGAAAAGAAAUUUGGAAAAACAGUGACUUCGUCUUUGUAUUGCAAUGACACUCUACCCCCCCCCCCUUCGAGAUCAUCACAAAUGUCAUAACCAUAUUUGUACAUUCAUGUAUUUUUGUGAUAUUUUUUCCUUUGUCGUCAAGCGCUGUCCAGUGGAAUAUUGGUGAUAAAUUUAAAUGGGAUUUAAACAAAAUAUCCUGACUGUACAGGACCUGUGCAUUACCUAACAUUUCUUCUUUGAUUCAGUGUUGCUACUGGAAUAUUCAACCCUUGAUGCAAAGAAGGAUAGACAGGCGGCAUGUCAUCAGCAUGUUUUUCCUUAAAGCUGGGCACUUUUUUGCAUCAUCAUCUCAAGUCAAUGUAGAAAUGAAAUCCCUAUACAAGGUAGCUCUAUGAAAAUGUCACAAAAGUAAGAAAUUUGACAUUUUUAUGGUGCCACCCUGUAGGUAUUGCACAGUGUGGGUACUGUUGGUUUACCUUAAUCUUGAUAACGGGACAAAUUCAUGGGAGUGUUGAGCUGAAAAGGUGUUUCUGUGUCCUUGUGUUGAAUGCCGAGAGAAUGUGAGGUACCGGCCUCAACACAUGACUUGUUUGUACACCAUCCGUAAACUGCCAGCUGAAACCCUUUCAUGAAUAUUGCCUUAGUAACUCCACAUUUGAAGUUCCCUUGGUCUCUGUCUACUGAUGUGGACCAUACCACUUCCUGGGCACCAUUUUUACUCUACAGCAGUCUCUGUAGUAUGAUGAUGAGUCUCAUUAGGAAUGAAUUGUACAUACAUGAAAAUAAUAAAACAAACACA